AUGGCUUCCUCACAGCCCAUACCAGUGACGCGCGUCAUAUCGCCUUCACCCACACCCACCGAAUCCUCCUCACGCGACAGCUACUUCGCCAACACAACCAAACCCCGCAACGGCCGCAUCACCACCCAAGCACCCAUAUCCGAAUCGCCAGAAUCCUCGGACCCAGAGAGCAGCCGCGCCAGACCACGCAGCCGAAGUCCCCAGAUCCGUCGCAAAGAUUCGUCCAAGAAGACCCCCAAGUCACCGCCGGAACCCAUAAAAACAGAUGGACAUUUGGAUCCGAAUAGCGUCUUGGGCAUGGGUUCGAGCUACUGGCGCAACCUGAGUCGUAGUCCGAGUCCGCUGGGCUUGAUACCGCUGCAUCGCGAAUGGCGCUCCUUCAUCCACAGGCACGAGAUUCCGAGGAAAGCCUUGCAUGUGUCGAUCGGCUUCUUCACUCUGGGACUGUUUGUAGGAGGGGCUCAGACGAAUGCUAUUCAUCCUCCUCUGCUUACUGCUCUAAUACCCAUCUUCGCUGUCGAUUUUCUGCGAAUGCAUUAUCCUCCGCUCAACCGCGUAUACAUACGUGCACUAGGCGCCUUCAUGCGCGAAUCAGAAGCACACGAUAAAUACAACGGUGUAAUAUCAUACCUCGCGGGCGCCUGGGCUGUCCUCCGCUUCUGCCCAAAAGACAUUGCCGUCAUGUCCAUCCUACUGCUGUCCUGGUGCGACACUGCAGCUUCCACUUUUGGCCGUCUCUGGGGUCGCUAUACACCACGUGUGCGCAAGGGAAAGAGUCUGGCUGGCACAAUCGCUGCUUUCGUCACUGGUGUUGCGGCUGCUGUUGUUUUCUGGGUGGUGGUUGCACCGAGGGUGCCUCAAGAGUGGAGUAUGGGUGUUGAUGCUUUUGCGUUUGAUGGCACUCUGUCAUUACCGCCGGCAGCCAGAGAUCUGCUCGGUUGGACACAAGCAGAAGCUACCGUCAGUGGCGGGGUGGCCAUGGCUGUUGUGGCCGUCGUGUCCGGACUCGUGGCUGCUGUCAGUGAAGCCAUUGAUGUCUUUGGCUUGGACGACAACCUCACCAUCCCCGUUCUGUCGGGCAUCGGGUUGAGUGCCUUUUUCUGGGUCUUUGGAAAUGGUUUGGCUUGA